AUGGACAAAAACCUCAACGAGCUGCUCAAAUGGAGCAUUGAGAACGGCACGGCAGGUCAAAACGGCGAGCCGGCGCCGGCAGCCCCCGUCAGCAAUCUCAACCCGGAGGCCAUCGCCGCCCUCUUCGGCAACGGUCCCAGUGACGCCGAGCUGAUGAAGCUCUCCAUGGAGGCCAUUACCUCGACGGACCCGGAAAUGACCCUCGAGAACAAGCUCGUUGCCUUUGACAAUUUUGAGCAGCUGAUCGAGAACCUUGACAACGCCAACAACAUGGCCAACCUCUCCCUCUGGACCCCGCUGCUCGGCUGCCUCGAGCACGAGGAGCACGAGAUGCGCCGCAUGGCCGCCUGGUGCGUCGGCACCGCCGUGCAGAACAACCAGCCCAGUCAGGAGCGCCUGGUGGCCGUCGGCGGCAUCCCGCCGCUACUGGAGCUGGCGAUCAAGGAAGGCGAGCUGGAAGCCGUGCGGAGGAAGGCCAUCUACGCCCUCAGCUCCGCCGUCCGGAACUACCAGCCCGGCAUGAACGUGCUCACUGACGAGUUGGAGAAGAAGGGCAUCUGUUCUGGCAAGGUCGAUGCUGAGAACAUGGACAACGUCGACGAGGUCAUGAACGAUCUCAAGGCGAAGAUCACGGCGGCAUGA